GGAGAUCAGGAAAGAAGAGAGGGGCUUAACAUUAACCGGCUUCAGAACUGUUUUGAAAGCCAGUAACUCCCUGAAGAUUUGUUCAUUGAGACUGGGAAGAAGUCCUGGUCGGCCCUGCACUUACUUGAGGAAACAUGGACAUCAGAGAAUACUUUGCAAGGAUUGGCUAUAAUCAUUCCAGUGAGAAGGUGGAUUUGGAGACUUUAACUGAAGUGAUGCAGCAUCAUGUUCUGUCUGUGCCUUUUGAGAACUUGGACAUUCACUGUGGAAUACCCAUAGAACUGCGUUUAGAGGCUGUGUACGACAAGAUUGUGAGGAAAGAGGGGGGAUGGUGUCUGGAAGUCAAUCACCUUCUCUUUUGGGUCUUAACCACAAUGGGGUAUGAGACUACAAUUUUAGGGGGGUAUGUUUACAAUACCUUAAAGAGGCAGUAUAGUAGUGCUAUGAUUCACCUGCUUCUAAAGAUCACAAUAGGUGAGAGAAGUUAUAUAGUGGACGGUGCAUUUGGCCGUUCUUACCAAAUAUGGCAGCCGAUGGAAUUGGUUUCUGGAAAGGAUCAACUUCAGACUCCUUGCAUUUUCCAUUUGAAAGAAGACAAUGGAAUCUGGUACUUGGACCAAAUAAGAAGGAAACAAUUUAUUCCAAACUCAGAAUUUCAUAACUCUGAUCUCUUGGAAAAAAGUGAAUUCCGUCAUAUCUACUCUUUUACUCUCCAGCCACAAACAAUAGAAGAAUUUGAGUCUGUAAAUAUUUACCUUCAGACUUCUCCUGAGUCUGUGUUUACAAGCAAGUCUUUUUGUUCUCUGCAGACAGUAGAAGGAGUUCACUGUUUAGUUGGCUGGACUCUUACUCACAGAAUAUUCAAUUAUAAGGAAAACACAGAUUUGGUGGAGUUUAAAAUUCUGAAGGAUGAAGAGAUUGACAAGGUCCUUAAGGACAUAUUCAAUAUUUCUCUAGAGAAAAAGCUUGUCCCAAAGCAUGGUGACAGAUAUUUUACCAUUUAGUAAGGAAAAAUCUAUAGAAUAGUAAUUGGGGUAGAAAACAGACACACCAUGACAACCAAGUUUUCAAAACAUUUUUAUUAAUACAUUUUGCAUAUUUUAUUUUGAGGUAAAAAAUACAAGUUUCUACCUUGAUUUGCAUACAAAAAUUCCCCAAAACAUUUAAACAAAACUGCCCAUUAGAGUAGAAUCAAGAUUUCAGAAAGCUCAUUAUCAAAAACACUGAAAACAUAUUUAGUGGCUGGAAUGUCAGUCUUUAAUGAUUAAUUCUUGAAAUUUAGAUGGGCAGAAUCACAUAAUUUUCGAGACAGAAUGAAUCUCAUUGAUCAUCUUCCCUAACUUAUAUAUGAAAUGAAUCACUAUUCUAACAAAUCUGACACUAGUCCAAUCUCUGCUUGAAUACCUACAAGGAUUAGGUAACUACUCUUGAAAUAUCUCAUUCCACUUUUGGAUAAAUUGAAUUGUGAGGAAGUUGUGUUCCCCCGAUAUCAAGCUUAAAUUUUCUUCUUUCCCAAACUCAAUCCAUUACUCUUGGGAUCUGCCUUCUGGGACCAAAUAGAACAAGUUUACAUGCCAGGCUUUCAAAUACUUGAAGGCAGCUUUCAUGUCCCCAAAACUCCCUUCUCCAAGAAAACAUGCCCAUUUCCUUCAGCUGACUCUUAGGAAUAAACUUGCCAUUUUCUGUGA